AUGGAGGAAGAUGUGGAGUUGGUCGAUAUUCCAAGUGAUAGUGACUCUAUUGAUGACUUAUGUGUUUCCGAUAUUGAUGAUGAUUUCAACAUUAGGAAUAAACGAAAUGAAGCUACUAAGCAGAUUAGUUCUGCUAUCUUUGAUGAAGAAGAUUCUGCAGACGAUGUCUCAGAUAGUGAUGAAAAGUGGGUAAAAUCAGGAAAGAGGAAAAGGGAUGCUCCCUUUACUAGAAAUGUUGGACCUAAUAUUCCCGAUAAUGUCAAAACGCCAUCAGAAAUAUUUCUUUGCUUAUUUUCCGAUGAUUUGCUUGACUUGAUUGUUCAAGAAACAAAUCGUUAUUUGCAACAAAAGGGAUAUAAACAACCACCCACUACUAAAGAAGAAUUGUUGAUUUUCUUGGGCAUUAAUAUUUUAAUGGGUGUUAAAAAUUCUCCUUCUUAUCAGGAUUACUGGUCUGCCAAUCCGCAACUAAAUGAUCCUUACAUAAGUUCGUUGAUGUCUGUUGUUAGAUUCCGAUUUUUUCUUGGUUGUUUACACAUCACCGAUAACAGUACAGAACCAAAAAAGGGUAAUGCGGCUUAUGACAAGUUAUAUAAAUUGCGGCCUUUUCUAGAUAAGGUGAAUGAAAAUUUAAAAAAAAAUUUUAUGUCAAAUAAAUACCAAAGUGUCGAUGAAUCUAUGAUAAAAUGCAAAGGUCGUAGUAGCAUGAAACAAUACAUGCCACUCAAACCUAUAAAACGGGGAUAUAAGUGCUGGGUUCUAGCAGAUCCAUCAGGUUAUGUAUGCGAAUUUCAGAUGUACACAGGUAAGACUGAAAGUACGGAAAAGCAGUUCGGAGCAAGAGUAGUAAAAGAUCUCACUCGCGAAUUGAAGGGCAACAAUCACCAUGUUUAUUUUGAUAACUUUUUCACAGGGGUAGAUCUUAUGAUAUCUCUGAAAAAAGAUAAAAUUUUUGCUUGCGGUACUGUACGUCAGAAUCGAUCAAGAUUGCCAAAAAGUGAAGUGCAAGACAAACAAAUGAAACAUGGUGAUAGCGAAUUCCGAACAUCGAAUACGGGUAUUCGAUGGGUCAAAUGGAUGGACAAGAAGGCAGUCUACUUCUUGUCUAACUAUCAUGACCCUCGUGAAACUGCGCCGGUGAAUCGUAAACAAAAAGAUGGCACGCUGAAACCCACCAGUUGUCCUGUAAUGGCUUUUGACUACAACAAACACAUGGGCUAUGUAGAUAAGGCUGACCAUUUCUUGUCAACAUAUAACAUUGACAGGAAAUCUAAGAAAUGGUGGCAUAGAAUAUUCUUCCAUUUCUUAUAUGUCAUUGUUGUCAAUGCGUAUAUUUUGUACAAAGAGAAGAGAUUGAACCCAACUUUGACUUCGAAAGAAUUCAGGUUACGUUUAGUAGAUGAAUUGGUAGGACACAAACUACCAAGUUCAACUGGGAAGAAACGUAAAUUGAGUACAAUCUCUUCUUACAAACCAAAAGUGUCAAAGAAAAAAGAAAAAGUCAAUCAGCUUAUAUGCCUGAAAUUAUCGCUUCACCUAGACGCUGCGCUCAUUGCAGUACUAAAGCCGACCAAAAGCGAACAUCAUGGAUGUGUAAAACUUGCAAUGUACCACUCUGCCUGCUUCCCACAAGAAAUUGCUUCGCUGCUUACCACUGCUGAAAAUAAAAUUCAAUUGUCCAAAGCAAGACACAUCAAAACUUUAUAA